GACCCGCUGCGGCCACCAGGUGGAGCCUCUUUAUCAUCUUCCGCACCCGCGCCCCGGGCUCACUCGCUGGGGCUGCCGGAGGACGCGCUGCUGCGAGACCAGCUGCGGCGUCUUUGGCAGUGGUGGGAGUGCUUGCGGGUCCAGGAGGGCCCCUCUCCCGUGACCGCCGACCACGAUGACAGCGUGAAGACCCUCUCGAAAGGAAGGGCUCUGCUCUACACACUGGUGUCUCCUGAGGAAGGGCAGCUGGGCACGCCUUCCAGACCGAGAAUAAAACAAGUUGUGACCUACGAUCUGCUUAGUUUCGUCGUUUCUACUGCAGGAGUGUGAAAUAGUCAAUUUCUACGUCCAGGAAACUCUCAGGAGAUCUGGGCAAAAGUUGAAAAAUCAGUAACCCAAGAUGACUAACCAAAUCAAUAUGCUGGGCAGGAUGAGACAUCAGUGUCUGCCUCAGACAGAAGAGCACACACAAAACAUGACCUCUCACUCCAAGCCCAGUUACAGCAGAAAGUUUUCAUGGAGAAAUGGAAUCACACUUCAAAUGAUUUCAUUUUGUUGGGUCUGCUUCCCCCAAAUCAAACUGGAAUAUUUCUCUUGUGUCUUAUCAUCCUCAUAUUCUUUCUGGCCUCGGUGGGUAACUCGGCCAUGAUUCACCUCAUCCACGUGGAUCCUGGUCUCCACACACCGAUGUACUUUCUUCUCAGCCAGCUCUCCCUAAUGGACCUGAUGUACAUCUCCACCACCGUCCCCAAGAUGGCGUACAACUUCCUGUCCGGCCAGAAAGGCAUCUCCUUCCUGGGAUGUGGUGUGCAAAGCUUCUUCUUCCUGACCAUGGCGUGUUCUGAAGGCUUACUCCUGGCCUCCAUGGCCUACGACCGUUAUGUGGCCAUCUGCCACCCUCUCCAUUAUCCUAUCCGCAUGAGUAAAAUGAUGUGUGUGAAGAUGAUUGGAGGCUCUUGGACACUGGGUUCCAUCAACUCCUUGGCACACACAGUCUUUGCCCUUCAUAUUCCCUACUGCAGGUCUAGGGCUAUUGAUCAUUUCUUCUGCGAUGUCCCAGCCAUGUUGCUUCUUGCCUGUACAGAUACUUGGGUCUAUGAAUAUAUGGUUUUUGUAAGUACAAGCCUCUUUCUCCUUUUCCCUUUCAUUGGCAUCACUUCUUCCUAUGGCCGAGUCCUAUUUGCUGUCUAUCAUAUGCACUCAAAGGAGGGCAGACAAAAGGCCUUCACCACCAUUUCAACACAUUUAACUGUAGUGAUCUUUUACUAUGCACCUUUUGUCUACACCUAUCUUCGGCCCAGGAAUCUCCGCUCACCAGCUGAAGAUAAGAUCCUGGCGGUCUUCUACACCAUCCUUACCCCCAUGCUCAAUCCCAUUAUCUACAGCCUGAGGAAUAAGGAAGUCCUGGGGGCCAUGAGGAGAGUGUUUGGGAUAUUCUCUUUCCUGAAAGAAUAAUCAUGGCUGUCCCCACUCCCUUUGUAUUUCCUCUUUCCAAGUUGAUUCCAAUACCCUAGAGCAGGGUUGUCCAAUAGAAAUACAACAUAAUUUAAAAUUUUCUAAUAGGUACAUUUAAGCAGUCAAAUAAAUUUAAAUAAUAUAUUUAAUUCAAAACAAUGUUAUAAUUAAUAUUAAUAUUAACAAUAUUGAUGUUAAUUACAUAGCAUACUAUUUCAAUAAAUUAUAUGCGAUAUAUUAUAGUACAUGUUUGUACAUAUAUUACUAUUAACGUGAUAAUGUUUAUACUUGUAUAUUGACAUAGAAUUUCUUCAUGUAAUAACACAAAUUUGUUAAUGUUGCCUUUUACUCUGUUUGCAUUCUAAGUCUUCAAAGUCUUGUGUUUGUUUUAUAGAGUGCAGUGCAGCUUGGACAAAACACAUUUCAAGUGCCCAGUAGUCAGUGUCUAUAGUGUUGGACAGCACAGCCUUAGAGCAUCCCCAAUCAAUAGUUUCAGAAGUUAUAUAUGCGUGUGUAUGUGCAUGUAUGGUGUAUACAAACAUUUUUUUGUUAUAUAUAAUAUUGCUGAUGAACUGAAAAUUAACAAGUAAAAUGCACAUGCUAAGGUAGUGUUUAUGUGUUUCUUUAUCUGUUGGCUCAUUUUUAGCAUGUGUAUAUUUAUUGUAAUUAACAUUUGAAGUCCAGUUUAUCCUAACUCCUUUAAUAAAACUAUUCAGGGAGAGCUUAUCUGACUUAUGAUUUUGCUGAUUUCAUAAAGAUACUGAGAUUAAAUAACUUGAAUAUGAAUAUAAAAAACCCACAUUUAUGUAUACAUACAAAUUAAUAAAAUCUUUUAUAAAUAACUUUAUCAAAGUUGUACUUAAAGAAAUUAUUUAUAUAAAGGCACAGAGACAGUGACAGGGUAGAGACAACAUGCAAAAUAUAAAACGGAAACUGGGACCUCAGGCUUCAGCUUUGAUGUGUAAAAUAUAUAUAUGACUUUGCACAGGAUGAAAUCCUAUGUUGCCAUAUGGAAAGUUGUGUUUAACAAAAGUUUUACUAUGGUUGUUUUACUAAUUCACUUAAGUGACUUCAAGUCUAUCAAUAGUUGGAGUUAUAGAGGGGUUCUGAUUUUUGUGGAAAAAAAAUUGAGACUUGCAUUAAUAUAUCCCUUUUAUUUACUGCCCAAAUUCAAGCUCCCAAUAUCUUUUUCUAAUUUCUUACUGCCUUAAGUGUUUUCAUCUCUUGAGUCCAGUUCUUACUGAGAAUAUAGUGUACUCAUUGCCAUUUGAGUUAUUUCCCUAAACAUACAUUUGAUCUUGUCAUUCUAUAAUCUAUGAUUCCUGUUGGAUUAUCUAAAUUUUGGAACAUGAAACUUAUAUCCCCGUGCUUUUAAAGCAUGCAUUAUGUCUCCCUGUACCCGUUUCUAUCACUUACACUCAGUACCGCAGUCACUCUAGAUCUCCUGCCUUUCUCCAUAGCCCUCUAUUUCCUUGCCCAUCUGAACCUUAUCACAGACCAUGUCUCACUUCUGGAAAGUUCUGAUUUACAUAGCUUAUGACUAUCAAUCUGAAUCCCACAUAAUCAGUAAACAUAACUCAAAAUUGACAUCCCAUCUCUUCUUAUGCACAGCUGAUAUCUCUUUCCCCCACACUUCUACUCCUGCUUAUGAUCACAUUUUAUUAACACUUAUUCACAUCUAUGUCUGUCUUAUUUUAAAUUGAAGCUCAUAGAAUAUUUUAAAAAUUAUAAUAAUUAGGAUUAUAAGGCUAACAAAUAUUUACUAAUUGUAAAUGUGUUUCCCACAUACAUAACUUAACCUGCACUACAACACUAUGAUUCUGAUAUUUAUUCCAUGUUGAGUGAGCACUUUGAGGCUUGGUGAGGCAAAACAAACAAACAAGAAAAAUGUCUUAGGUCAGAGAGCUGGGAAGGGAAGAACACAAUUUAGAAGCCAGUUUUCUUUGAAUCAGGCUUUGAUUCAUGUCACCCAGUCUCUGAACAAGACCCUCAUCAUUUUGGCCUGGAGGUCCCCACAGAAUGGAGUGCUAUGGCAUGCAAUGAUGGGGACAUUUUUUUGUGGUAAUUUAUUUAUGUUUAUUGGUAUGCAGUGCAAGUUUAAGGAACUAGUGUUCAUGCCACAUUACAGAUCCAGGGGAAAAUAUAAGCAGAUAGUAGUUAACAGAUCAUUACUUAGAAUUUCCUUUUACUUCUUCAAAUGGGUUGUCGCUCAUUCCGGGAGGCAGAUUCCUCAGUCUGCGAUGUAUCUCACUCAUUUUUUCCACUAGUAUCAGGUUUUUCUCCUUGAAUUAAAAAAAAAUGUAUAAUUUUUUCUGCUCUGAAUAUGACCACUAAAAUUAAUUUUUGGGGUUUGGUUUUGUUUUUUUUGGAGAUUCUACCGUUACUUUGAUGUUAAACAAUCACCAAUGCAGUAAAUCCUUAUUUAGUAGAAAGUAUAAUAUGUCCUAGUAUAUUCUGCAGAAAUUAAACACAUUGAUCAGUCUUUGUACAAAAACAACAAACCACGGUUGUGAAAGGAAAACAGCAAGCUAAAAAAUACAGCCUCCAGAUUUUCUGCAAGACAAGGCAUUUGGAAAAAUUUCUCCAAGCAAAAGUAACUGGAAGGCUGCUGAAGUUCAUUCACCUUAAUUAACAAGAACCAUAUCAUAUA